GUCAAGUUCGCAUCAGUUUCCCGCCUCUCCUGAUGUAGCCAGAACGGUCCGGUCCGGUCUCCGCGCCUCUCAAGGCCUCGCUGAGGCCGGGUCCGCAGCGCCGGUCUCGGGCCACUAGCCCUCUUCUCUUGAACCGCCGCCAACAUGCUGCAGCCCGUGUUCACCCUGAAACUGCGCCACAAAAUCAGCCCCCGCAUGGUGGCCGUAGGGCGCUACGACGGGACUCACCCGUGCCUGGCGGCCGCUACCCAAGCGGGCAAGGUUUUUAUUCACAACCCUCAUUCACGGAGCCAGCAUCUCGGUGCACCCAGGGUCCUCCAGAGCCCCCUGGAGUCAGAUGUUUCACUUCUUAACAUUAACCAGACAGUCAGCUGCCUGACCGCAGGAGUACUGAACCCUGAACUUGGCUAUGAUGCUCUUUUAGUGGGAACACAGACCAAUCUGUUGGCUUAUGAUGUCUACAAUAAUUCAGAUUUGUUCUACAGAGAGGCGACAGAUGGGGCCAAUGCAAUUGUGCUGGGGAUGUUGGGAGACAUUACCUCCCCUCUUGCAAUUAUUGGUGGAAAUUGUGCUCUGCAGGGUUUCAAUCAUGAAGGAAAUGAUGUCUUCUGGACGGUGACUGGAGAUAACGUUCACUCCUUGGCCUUGUGUGACUUUGAUGGUGAUGGGAAGAAAGAGCUUCUUGUUGGAUCUGAGGAUUUUGAUAUCCGAGUUUUCAAAGAAGAUGAGAUUGUGGCAGAAAUGUCAGAAACAGAGAUCAUCACCUCUCUUUGCCCCAUGUAUGGCAGUCGAUUUGGUUAUGCCCUUUCCAAUGGCACCGUUGGAGUGUAUGACAAAACAGCCCGAUACUGGAGAAUUAAAUCCAAAAAUCAUGCCAUGAGUAUUCAUGCUUUUGACCUUAACUCUGAUGGAGUGUGUGAACUGAUAACUGGUUGGUCCAAUGGGAAGGUCGAUGCUCGAAGUGACCGGACUGGGGAGGUCAUCUUUAAGGACAACUUUUCAUCUGCGAUUGCUGGUGUGGUGGAGGGAGAUUACCGGAUGGAUGGCUGCCAACAGUUAAUCUGCUGCUCGGUGGAUGGAGAAAUCCGGGGCUACCUGCCGGGCACGGCUGAGAUGAGAGGCAACCUCAUGGACAUCAGCGUAGAGCAGGACCUGAUCCGAGAGCUGAGUCAGAAGAAACAGAACCUGUUGCUGGAGCUCCGCAACUAUGAGGAAAACGCCAAGGCUGAGCUGAGCAGUCCACUGAAUGAGGCUGAUGGGCAUCGGGGCGUGAUCCCUGCCAACACCAAACUCCACACCGCCCUCUCCGUCAACCUGGGGAGCGAGGCGCAGGCCGCCCACGCUGAGUUGUGCAUUUCCACAUCUAAUGACACCAUCAUCCGAGCAGUGCUGAUUUUCGCGGAGGGCAUUUUUGCGGGUGAAAGCCACGUGGUGCACCCCAGUGUCCACCACCUCUCCAGCUCCGUCCGCAUCCCCAUCACACCUCCCAAGGACAUCCCCGUGGACCUGCACUUGAAAACCUUCGUGGGCUACAGGAGCAGCACCCAGUUUCACGUGUUUGAGCUGACAAGACAGCUACCCCGAUUCUCCAUGUAUGUGCUCACCAGCCCGGACCCCGCCAGUGAGCCCCUCAGUUACGUCAACUUUAUCAUCGCAGAACGGGCCCAGAGGGUUGUUAUGUGGCUCAACCAGAACUUUCUGUUACCAGAGGAUACUAACAUGCAGAACGCUCCAUUUCAAGUGUGUUUCACCUCCCUACGGAAUGGUGGCCAGCUGUAUAUAAAGAUAAAACUUAGUGGAGAGAUCACUGUAAAUACUGAUGAUAUCGAUUUGGCUGGUGAUAUCAUCCAGUCGAUGGCAUCGUUUUUUGCUAUUGAAGACCUUCAGGUCGAAGCUGAUUUCCCUAUCUACUUUGAAGAAUUACGAAAGGUGCUAGUUAAGGUGGAUGAAUACCACUCAGCACAUCAGAAGCUCAGUGCUGACAUGGCUGAUAACUCUAAUCUGAUCCGUAGUUUGCUGGUCCGAGCUGAAGAUGCCCGUCUGAUGAGGGACAUGAAAACAAUGAAGAAUCGCUAUAUGGAACUCUAUGACCUUAAUAAAGACUUGCUCAAUGGAUAUAAAAUUCGCUGUAACAAUCACACAGAACUGUUGGGAAGCCUCAAAGCAGUAAAUCAAGCCAUUCAAAGAGCAGGUCGUCUGCGUGUUGGAAAACCAAAGAACCAGGUGAUCACUGCCUGUCGGGACGCGAUCCGAAGCAACAACAUCAACAUGCUGUUCCGAAUCAUGCGGGUGGGGACAGCUUCUUCAUAGGAGGGGAGAGACAGGGAACCAGGUUCCUAGAAAAGGUUUCCUUAAACUUUGAGGCUGGUUUGCUUUGGAUCACAUCCUGGUGAACCCAGGGUGCUGAGAGCAAAAACAACCUUGGUGAGUUGUACCAAUGAAGAGACAAAGCAUUGCCUCUUAGAAGUGUAUUCACUUUCUAUUUUUUUAAAAUCAGUUGUACUGUUGCUGAGUAAUACUGGUUUGUAUGGAGGGAAAUGAACACUUUUGAAACAUUAGGGCUUCAAAGUCCAGUUUUUCUGUAUGUAUGUAAAGUCAGUGUAUAGAUACAUCUUUUCUUAAAAUUGUAAUUAAAAAUUAUUAUCUACUUUUCCAUUAAAACAUAAA